UUUUUUUAAUUCUUUCUUUUCUCUCUCUUCAUGUCAUUUUCAUUGUACGGAGCACUUCCGCCUUCAAAAUCAUCUAAAGAUUCUGAUAAAACAAAGCCCACAGGUCUUUAUUCUUCUUUAUCAUCACUUGAAUCUUCUACUAGUACUAGUACAAAUACCACAGCACUACCUACCACACCUACUACUACUACUACUACUCUUGCACCUGUUCAAAAAGAUGAACCAGCACCAUCCACAGGUUGGUCUGCCAUCACUAAAUUUAGGCCUGUGAUCCGUCGACCUACUAUUCAAGCCAAACCCAAACUCAACAAACCCUUUAUUCCUGCUGGAGCGACUGUUGUAUCCACCAAGACCAUCACAAAACAAGACGUUGAAUCCGAAAUCAAAGAAGAACCCAAGCAAGACACGAUUGAUCUAGGUACGAUUCCUUUAUUUACAGCAGCAGACGAUGUCAAUGGUUUUCGUCAAACAUCUCAAUAUAAAAAGAAAAAGAAAAAGAAGAACAAUAGCAAAACAGAAGUAGAACAGCAACAAGUAGUAUUUAACAUGUUGGAAGAUUACGAUCCCAACAAGCCUAAUGAUUAUGAAUACUACAAAGAAGAACGCAAAGAGUUGCGCGAACAACAAAAACGAAAGAGAGACUGGGAGAAACGACAUACAUCGCGAUCACGUUCGAGAUCACCUUCUGGUAGUCCAGAACCUUUCCAUCAUGAACCAUCCUCAUCACCACCACCACCACCUCCUCCUCCUCCACAAACAACCCCAGCAGUAAAGAUCAAUGUCAAUGAGACAGCAGAAGAUGCUUAUAAACGUAGAGCCAUGAUGACACAAACAAGGACAGAACAAUUACAUUCAGCACAAGAUUUAGCUCGUAAAGUAGCCGAGAAAUAUAUCAUUAAAGAGAAGCCAGAUAUACCUGUCAAUAAGCCUACACAUGUUGUAUUGCUUACCAAUAUGGUAGGACCAGGCCAAGUAGACGACAUGCUUCAACAAGAAACAGCAGAAGAAUGUUCCAAAUAUGGCAAAGUUGAGCGUUGUCUUAUUUUCGAAGUACCUAAAGGACAAACAGUAGAUGAACGCGCUGUGCGUAUAUUUGUUAAAUUUAUGGGUAUUGAAUCAGCCAAAAGAGCCGUGCAAGACUUGAAUGGUCGAUUCUUUGGUGGAAGAGUUGUGUCUGCUACUUUCUUUGAUACAAGUCGUUUCGAAAGACUUGAAUUGGCUCCUACAAAAGAAGAAUUGAAUCCCAUACCAUAAUAAAGAAUUGUCCAAAAGCAGGAAUUUAAGUCGUGUAUGCAAAUGAUAAUGAUUUCAUUUUCAUUGGCUAUUUUCUUUUUCUUUUUUCUUUUCUUUUCUUUUUAAAAAAAAAC